UUCCGCCCUCCUAGACGUUGCCAGUCGGAGUCACGUGAUCGCCGAGUCAGCUGACCUGCGUUGAGCUGGAAGAAGUCCUGGCUUCGGUCUCUUGGCACCAUGAGGUUCCGGUUUUGUGGCGAUCUGGACUGUCCUGAUUGGGUCCUGGCAGAGAUCAGCACACUGGCCAAGAUUUCCUCUGUGAAACUGCGACUGCUGUGUAGCCAGGUGCUAAAGGAGCUUCUGGGGCAGGGGAUUGAUUAUGAGAAGGUCCUGAAGCUCACUGCUGAUGCCAAAUUUGAGUCUGGAGAUGUGAAGGCCACAGUCGCAGUGCUGAGUUUCAUCCUCUCCAGUGCAGCCAAGCAUAGUGUGGACAGCGAUUCCCUCUCCAGUGAGUUGCAGCAGCUGGGGCUGCCCAGAGAGCACGCUACCAGUCUGUGCCGCUGUUAUGAAGAGAAGCAGAGCCCCCUACAGGAGCACCUUCGGGCCUGCAGCCUGCGUGUGAACAGGCUGGCCAAUGUGGGCUGGCGUGUGGACUACACCCUAAGCUCCAGCCUGCUCCGUUCUGUGGAGGAACCCAUGGUGCACCUGCAGCUAGAGGUUGUACCUGCCCCAGGUGCCCUGGCCCAACCUGUUUCCAUGUCCCUCUCAGCAGACAAGUUCCAGGUUCUCCUGGCAGAACUGAAACAGGCCCAGACCCUGAUGACCGCUUUGGGCUGAGAAAGGUGUUCCUGGCCUCCGUGUUCCACACUUCCAAGGCUGGCCCUGUCCUCUUGGGUCUCUGGCUGCCUGGCUUUCUACAUAGUGCUCCUGGGGAGGGGGGUCUUCCCCAGAAUUCCCUUCUUUCCUUUGAAAGAAAGUUCUUGUCAACUAUUUUACAGGAAAAAAAGAAUAAACUCAUAUA